CCCCUGAGCCACAGGCUCUGAUUGGCUGAAGGUGACGUCAACCUGGAUUUUUUCUCUCUCUCCCCUCUGAACCAUGACCUCAUCCUUAGUUCAUUUUAGUGCUAUGGUUCACCUUCUGUUUUCCCGGAACGUUAAUACCUAGAUUGCUUAUCUGCAAUUGCGGCCACACUGCAUGCCCCAUAUGCGAAACAAUUGUUAAUAGUGCUUUAAUGUGUUUCGCUCCGUUCUAUUCUAGCGCUGUCAACUUUGCACUGGGACAGUAGAGGCUCAGCUGUCGCACAUUGUUCCAUUGCCCUCGACCCAUGACAAGUAAACAGUGACCAAAGUUAAAGCGCUUUGAAGAGGACUGGCAUGGCACACUGUUCCUUUACACAUGGAGGUUAGCUGAUAACAAAUCACCAAGCCGGGGAGACAGAGACACCAUGGCUCUCCUGAGGCCUGUUACAGUAGCAGUAGCUUCUCUCCUCCAUUGACCUCCUCUCUUCUCCUCUUCCACCACCACCACUCCCUCUCUCCACUCCUCCACCCUCAGCACCACCCCUCCCCUGAUCCAUCCAUCCACCCAUCCUUUCCACUCCUCACUCACUUCGUUGCUACCCAUCGUUGUGACAUCAUGGCGGGGGAGAAGGGACCAACCAGGCGGAGUGCCAUGGACAUCAAGCGCCUAGCGGGGCUGAUCCAGAGGGGGGCGGGGCGUCUACUGGUGAUUGACAGCCGUACGUUCUCGGAGUACAACGCGUCCCACAUACAGGGGGCGGUCAACGUGUGCUGCUCCAAGCUGGUGAAGAGGCGACUGCAGCAGGACAAGGUGUCCGUCACCGAGCUACUACAGCCCAACGGCAAGGUCAAGGUUGAGAUGGGCAGGAAACAGGAAGUGGUGGUGUAUGACCAGAGUUCCAAAGAGGCUGGGCAACUGUCCAAAGACGGCUUUGUCCACAUCCUACUGGGCAAGCUGGAAGGCACCUUCCACCGAGUCUCCCUGCUCACCGGUAGGCACUUGCUGUGUGUGUGUGUGUGUGCGAACCACCAUCCUGGAGUCAGUGUUUACAAGCAGAUGGUGUUUCACAGCUGAUCCAAAGUCAGUUCCUGUGUGUAUGUUACAAUGUGGCCUGCAUUGAAGAAGUAGGCAUUUCACUGAAGGUCUCUGCAGCUGCGCUGACUGGUGCAGUGAGCAAUGCUUCUAUUUGGACAGUAGGUGUCACUAGUGAGCAUCAUCUUUAAAAGUGUCCAUCAUUCUUUCGCUCACUCAAUACAUGUUCCACUCACACAUUGUUUAUAACAUAUUUAUUUAUUAUUUGACAUAUUGGUCACUUUAUAGAUGAAAGGAAGGAAUAUGAAAAUAAUAAUUGUGAGCAUCUAUGAGUUUUGCAUUGCAGACCUCUCCAAAGAGUCCCCACCCCUCUCUCUUUCACUCUCCAAGCCCUUUGAAAUUGAGGCUUAAGCUUAAAUUCUACUAGUAAUACCUGUCUCUCAAAUCAGCCAGUCUUAUUUACCAUACUUAAUAGCUUUUUCGUAUUGGCUGCUAAGCGCCCUCAGAGUUAGAAAGGAGGCCUGACGUUGGGUAUUAACUGGCUCUGCAGAGAUUUAAUACCUUCUCAGUAUCUAUCUAGGACUGCAGCGCUGCAGAGAGACAGUGGUAGUAAGCACACAGAGGCUUACACACACACGCAAUAAUCUCCCUCACUCAGGAUUGGGAGAGAGACAGUGUGUGUAUGUGUGUGAGUGUGCAUGUGUGUGUGUAAAGAUGUUUCCAACUCCUGCAAAUCUCCAAUAGCAUAGUAAGAUUAAAUUUCCAUGAGUCAUUCACACACAAUCACACACACACACACAUACACACACAAAGUAAGCCUGGAAUUUUCCAUUUCAGCUUUUUGACGAGGCUACCACCUAUCCCUCUUAAAAAAGACCCCCUGUCAGCGAUUCCCUUCUCAGUCUUUUUGCA